AUGGCACAAGGCGGGCAGGACAUAUUCGUGUCCACUGCAACCACCAAAGAACUCGGCGUGGUGUUGGACUCCCACAAUGCCGUGGCGCAAAAGUUGGUGGAUUUCCAGCAGCAGCUGGAAGCUCUGAAGCAAGGCCACGAGGAGGGCCAGAAGGCUGCGACAGAAAAGCAGGCCCAGGAGCAGGAAAGGCAAGCGACUGUCUCCCAGAAGCAAGACGAGGAGCAGAAACAGGUCGCCGAGCAGUUGGAGGGCCUGAAGGCUCAGUUGGCCGAGCUGGGGAAGUCCCAGGGCGCUUCCGACGAGAAGCUCGCUGCACUCGAGGAUUCAACAGCUACCGGCCUCAAGUCUCUGCAGCUGGCCAUCGAUGAGUUGGGGACCAGUCAGGCAGAGCUGAAGACGCGGCUCAUUCCCAAGUGGGAAGCCGAGCUCAGUUCGCAGAUGAAGAAGUUGGACAAGGACAUCCAGGCUGUGCGGCAAAGCUCAGAGGGCGGUGCCGAGAAGUUGAGACGUGCCGCAAGUGAGCAGGAGGAGAAGCUGCUGGCCGCUUGCGCCGCGGUCGAGUCGAGCCUGAGACCCCACGUCGACGAGGCUGCUCAGCGGCUUGACCAAGCCGAGGUGGACCUGAAAAAGCUGCACGGCGACCUAGAUGCUGUUGCGGCCGAAGGCCAGCGACGAUGUGCCGACGUUGCCGGGGAGUUGAGCAAUGCUGUCGAGCAAGCGCGCGACUUCGCCACCAACCAGGACAAAGCACACCUCGCUGACAUCAAAGAGGCCUAUGGCCGCAAAAUCGAGAUGUUGGAAGGUGCGCUCAGACAGGCGGACUACGAAAGACUGGCAUUUACUGAUCGUGCAACCAAAGAGUUGGCGUCCUUAGCCAAAGACCUGGAGAAGCUGAGUGGCUGUGACGACCGUCGCGAAGCCGACGUGGCGGAGCUCUGGAAGUCCUUGGAGCAGAGGGAGAAGGAGCAUCAGACUAACCUGGAGAAGGUGAUUAAGGAGUUCCGAACGGAGGUCGUGGCCUGCGAGUCCCGCACCGCGGAGGUGGUGCAGGGCUGCACGGUGAACAUGCAGCGGCAAGAUGCUGGCCUGGCCGACCUCUUGCGCAGGCUCGACGCAGAAGUGAAGCGCCUAGAAGAGGGCCUCCAAGCUCAGGCAACCACCGUGGUGGCUUCCAUCCGCUCAGACGAGGGCGCGCGGCUGCGGGCUUUGGAGGUAGAGGUGACGCAGCUGGCGCGGCAGAGGCAAGAGCUCCUCGAGCGUCUAGACCAGGAGGGCAAAGAUCGCAAGGCCGAAGUGGAAGGCUGCGCGGGUGGUGCGGAGAAGCGCGUGGCCGCAGUGGAGCUGGUCGCCAACGCACGCUUCGAGUCUGUUCGGCGUGCCUUGGACGAGCUGGUCGCCGAGUUCCAGGGCUACGUGAAGACCGAGAAUGCUCGCUCCAUGGACGUGGCUCGCUUGGAAGCCCUUGUGCGCGCCUUGGAGGUCCGCGUGUGGCCCUGGCGCAACGGUGCGAAGGAGCGUGGCAGCUCGCCGGAUGGGCCCAGCGCGAAUGGGCAUCCGCCCUGGUCGGAGGAUCCAGCCGACUGGCGCGACUGGAUCCGCACAAAGCGACCGGUCACAGCUCGCCCCGCCAGGCGCGGGGAACCAAAGGACCCUCUGUCGGGGCUGGCAGGAUCGCCAGUCGGCACAGCCAUGACGGCAGUGCGCUCUGCACGGCCGGGAGGAGAGCGAGCCGAGCGAGCCGAGCCGUGA